AUGGCGAGGUUCCUCAAGAGUAGGUACUUUAUCACCAAACACUUUCUGGAAGCUUCUGUUGGCUCACGUCCUUCCUUUGCGUGGCGAAUCAUCGUUUAUGGGAGAGAGCUCUUGCAAAAAAGGCUGAGAAUAAGCAUUGGAAACGGGUGCAAUACCAGGGUUUGGCUGGACAAGUGGGUGGAGGACCCGGAGGUGGGAAUGAGAGCUCCAUGGAUAAAGAACAUUAGUUUUGACGUCUCCUUAAUGGUUGAGGAUUUGAUAGAUGCUGAGUCACGAAGAUGGAAUCUUGUUGUUCUGCAGGAUCUUUUCGUUCCAAGGGAUGUACUCUUAAUCUUGGCGAAACAACUAGUAAUCUCACAUGACGACUCCUUCAUAUGGGCGCAUAACAAAUCGGGCAAUAUGACAGUUAAAUCUGCCUACUGGCUUGCAAGAGAGCAAAAGAUCAAGGAGGUUUUCCCAGAAGCUCUGAGUGAGGCAUUACCGGUUUCGAACCUGAUCAACAGAAGAGGAAUGAAGGUUGAUAAUAGGUGUCAGACGUGUGGCUUGGAAGGAGAAUCAAUCUUGCAUGUUCUGUUUCAAUGUGAUCCGGCAAGACAGGAUUGGGCUCUAUCGGGAAAUCCUAGACAUGUGAUCAGCUUUGAGGAAGGGAGUUUGGCGAGUAACUUAAAUUAUCUCCUUAACUUGAAGACAAAGGAUCAGGGGGAGGGCAAGUCUCUGAGAUCAUGGCCAUGGAUGAUAUGGAACAUUUGGAAAUCUAGGAACGAGCUGAUUUUCAAAGGUAUGAGAUGGACACCUGAAGAAAUUGUUGACAAAGCUUGUAAAGAAGCUGAUGAAUGGUUUCUUGCUCAAGAGGUGGAGGAAGAAACUCAAAGGGUGAGUGAACAGGAGGUGAGAGUAGUUAAAAGAAAAUGGAAACCGCCUCCAAAAGAUUGGGUGAUAUGCAAUGUAGGGUUUGAAUGGGUGAAACAAUCGAAGAUGUUGGGAGUUGCUUGGGUCCUAAGAAAUGACAGAGGGGUGGUGCUUAUGCAUAACCGUCGGGCCUUUUCAAACUUCAUUAGCUUGGGUGAGGCUAGGUUGGUCUCGAUUCUCUGUGCGAUUGAAGGCAUGACUAGCUUUCACUUCAACCGAGUGAUAUUUGCAGGAGAUUUCAAAGAUCUCUUUUUGGCUAUGCAAAAACCGACCCUAUGGCCUGCUUUGCGUUAUCAGGUAGCAGAACUUCAGAUGCAUCUGAAAGGGAUAAAGGAGUUCCAGUUGUUAAGCGUAGUGAAGGAGGAGAAUAGAGGAGCGACGAUCAUUGCGCAAGCGUUACGAGAGAAGGAAAAGUGCAGUCUUAUGUGGCCAAUGGUCACCUUUUUUGGCUUUUCAAAUUUUUUGUCAAUGAAAGUCGGUUCCUCUAACGGAUCCUACCUCAUUUGGGAGUUGUUUGUUCUGUUUAUUUGGGAUUGA